UCUACCUGUUGUAUUCGGCGCAUGCGAUUUGAUCUUAUUUUCGUGGCCAGAUUUGUUUUGCCUCUUGCUCUCUGCACUCACGCAUGUGCAUCCGAAUUUUACGUCAUCUAGAUUGUAAAAAGCUUCCGAAAGCGACGUGGCUCCUCUUAGCUACUUCAUCUAUUUAUUCUCAGAGAUAUUCGUUUGGACGCGUUGAUAUAGUAACAUAGCUCGGACGAACCAUCAUGGACCAGGUUAUGCAGUUCGUUGAGCCCAGUCGGCAGUUCGUCAAGGACUCCAUAAGGCUCGUUAAGAGGUGCACCAAACCAGACAGGAAAGAAUUCCAGAAGAUCGCCAUGGCAACAGCGAUUGGGUUUGCCAUCAUGGGCUUCAUUGGGUUCUUUGUCAAGCUCAUCCACAUCCCCAUCAACAACAUCAUUGUGGGCGGCUGAACCUCUGGAGGUGUGAUACAACUACAGAACUACAAUACCCAGUGACCUGAGACAGUGGGGAAACAUGGAAUAGUGGUGGGGGGGAUGAAGGGAUGUGAUUUUUGUUUUUACAUUGUGUGCAUUGUUUAUUUGGCUGUGUUAAUAAAUUGAAGAAAAAGCU